UGAAGGGGUAACACAUUAUCACAUAUGACGGCCUUGGUUUACGCAUUAGUAUCUCAUGGUGGCACUGUAAUUGCUGAUUACACGGCAUUGUAUCAAUCGGGAUACGUGAAUAACGAAUUUAACGUAAAUCUGGACGCAGUUGCUAGGAUUCAAGUGUCUAAACUUAGCAACGAGAAUGGAUAUGGCUUCCGCUUCAUACUAGGGCACUAUUUCCAUUAUAUUGUAGAAUCCGAUUUAAUUUUACUGUGCGUUGCGAGAUCGAAUGAUGAUCCUGAACUUCCACGUCGUUUUUUGACUGAAUUACGUUCAUCCUGUACUACACAAUUGUUGAAUAAUAGGAAUUCCCGUAGCGAACUUGUAUCUCGGAUUCUAAGUAAUCUGGUGAAUGACUACAACACGACUAGUGAGAAACUCAGGUCAAUUGAAUCUAACUUGCAAUUGACUACCGAGACUUUGCGGCACAACAUCAGUGGGUGCUUGUGUUGUGUGUGACAUUAGUAAU